GGCUGCGUCCGCGGGCCGCGCCCGCCUGCUUAUAGGGAUGAGGCAUUUAUUUCUUUUUAGUACUGGAAUAACAAGCUCAAGACUGUGGCUGUUACAGCACCUGAUAACAAUGUGAACAUUUAAUUCAAAUCUGCAACUUACGAACAAACCUACGCACCUAGCCUUUUUCUUUCCUGUCACCCCUGUGCUACUAAGGCUAACAUUGGCUUGCCCUUGCUUCUGGUUACCUUGUCUGAAGGAAUCAAUCAUGGCUGAUGACUCUCAGAGAAACUUUCGCUCAGUGUAUUAUGAAAAAGUGGGGUUUCGUGGAGUUGAAGAAAAGAAGUCACUGGAAAUUCUGUUAAAAGAUGACCGGUUGGAUAUUGAGAAGCUUUGCACGUUUAGUCAAAGGUUUCCGCUCCCAUCCAUGUAUCGUAUACUGGUGUGGAAAGUGCUUUUAGGAAUUAUUCCUCCUCACCAUGAAUCUCAUGCUUUGGUGAUGAAGUACCGGAAGGAGCAGUACUGGGAUGUAUACCAUGCUCUUCGUGUAAUUCGUUUUAUUAAUGAUUCCACCCCACAGGUAGAUGUUUUCCUCCGCAUACAUCAACUGGAAUCAGGAAAAUUGCCUCGAAACUUGGCUUUUCCAUUGGAACCUGAAGAUGAAGUGUUUCUUGCUAUUGCUAAAGCAAUGGAGGAAAUGGUGGAGGAUCCUAUAGAAUGCUAUUGGCUUGUCAGUUGCUUUGUGAAUCAGCUGAACAGUAAGCACAAAGAUUCAAUACAACAACUGCCAAAAACUCUGGAGCAGUAUUUGAACAUUGAAGAUAACAGACUCCUAAUGCAUCUGAAAGCAUGUGCUGCAAUGAGUAAACUCCCUUACGAUCUUUGGUUUAAAAAGUGUUUUGCAGGUUGUUUACCUGAGUCCAGUUUACAGAGAGUUUGGGACAAAGUUAUUAGUGGGUCCUGCAAGAUUCUUGUUUUUGUUGCUGUGGAGAUACUAUUAACCUUUAAAAUGAAGAUAAUAGCACUAAAUACUGCAGAAAAGAUCACACAGUUUUUGGAAAAUAUUCCUCAGGAUAACACUGACGCUAUUGUCAGCAAAGCUGUUGAUCUGUGGCGCACACACUGUGGGACUCCAGCACACUCAGUCUGAGAACUUUCUUCACUUCUGACAGCUUGGGGAAAAAAAAGACAUUUGAAGAGACAUUUUACCACUCUUCCCCCAUCCUAGCGUGAUGUUCUUCGUUCCCUCUUCUAUGUAAAGAUGCUAUUAAAGCAGCUAAUAGCAUAGUGAUCAAUAUGUAAAUAUUUUUUAAUAAAUACAGAUGG